AAGAGCAGACCCAACAUCUGUCUGAAGUCCUGGUCCCUGUCCUGCAUGAGUACGUCCUCUGUGCUGAGACGCUGAGGGGUGUGAUGAGACGUCGAGACAACCUCCAGGCCGAGUUCGAAGCCAAAAACGAGGCUCUGGUGUCCAGGAAAACUGACCAAGAAUCACUGCAGGACGAGGUGGACGGUCUGGCAGACCGCGUGGAACUGGCUAACAACGCUUUAAAAGGAGACUGGGUCCGCUGGAGAGGCAGCAUGAGAACUGACCUCAGAUCAGCCUUGAUUUCCACCGCUGAGAAGAACGUGGAACACUACGAGAAGUGCCUGGCCGUGUGGGAGUCGUUCCUCCUCUCUCAGAGACAGGAACCAAGUGAGCAGAAAGACGGGGACAAUGUUUCCUGAAGUGCAGAGAAAAAGAAAGAGUAAAGCAUAGAGAUGACAUAAGAGCACACCGUCUGCUGUCUGUGCACCUGGACCCUCCAAAUCCAGACCUUGACCUUGAACUGUUGUCCACUAAACAAGCUUUCUCUCCCUAACUCUGUCUCUCUCUCUCUCUCUCUCUGUCUCUCUCUCUCUCUCUCUCCUUCUACGUGACCAAAGAUUAUAAUUCCAGUUUUAACAUUCCAGUAACAAAUUAACUUUUUUUUUCUUCUUUUUUUUAAGCACUUUGAUCUGAAUAACCAAACAUAGCCGUGUUCACAUGGUGCACACGGCCACAAAUGACUCAAGUGUCAAGUUUCAGGAGUUCUUUUCUCCGGAUUUGUUCAAAGUAAUGAAGUAGAAAUCUGUAAAAUAAAUAGAAUUAGUCAUUUUGCACACACAGCAAUUAGUGAUAGUGAAUUUGACCUCUGCAUUUAAACCAUCCUUAUUACACACAGGCCAGACGCAGAGCAGAGGGCAGCGCUUAUCUGUGCCCAGGGAGCUAUUGGGGAUUGGGUGCCUUGCUCACAAUGGUCACAGGUCCUCAGGUUCACUGUGGUGUUGGGCCCCCGGUGUUUUCUCCUUCAUACGUCAUCAUUUCAUACUUGAACCUGAGCAAGGAACAAGCUUUACAACCAAAACACCUCUCAUCAAAAAUAAACUAUUAUUUUCUC